UUAUUUUGGUCUGAUGUUCUUUUACCAGUUUUCUUCAGUGCAGAUAAUAUAAAACCGUAUAAAUCCAGAUAUGCCAUGUUGCAAUAAUCUGCUUCGUUUGCUAGAAUUUAAACUUGUAAACAUUAAGCAAAGGCACUAAGCAGUAUUGAUGCUUAUAAUUUGCCUCCAAAACACCUUUACGCCGUCGUCUGCUUUGGUCGUUUUGCAUGUCACGAUAUUAUUGUGCGGCAGAUUCAACUUGCGGCUUGCGCUUGUAAACUCCGCCAAACGCUGUACCCACAAUGCAAAGCUAAGCUAGCGAGUCCUUAGCAGAGCAGCAGGAGAAGAAAACAACAACAGGCUACUUUACGAACGAGGCAGCUGCAUGGAUAGCGACAACAACGACGACCAGGAGACCGCGCAUGCAAAGAUAUUUUCUUAACCCUCGAAUCCAUCUUAGCCUUAGAAUGUGAGUACCGUCGGGUUUUGAGUGUUCUUCGCCAGCUCAACUGAUAUUAAUUCGCUCCUUUAAGGGGGAAUCUUUUUGCAGGCUAGCUGGCUAGCUCGCUAGCUACCUGCGUCUCUCUAUGUUUGAGUGUCUUCCGGCUGCAGCGGUGGCGGCAGCAGCGGUGCCAUGAACAGUGGACUCCCAGCCUCAGCUGCUCCGCUUGGGGUUGCCGGAAUACCCAAUGUCAAGGUGAAGUUUUGCCGAUAUUACGCGAAAGACAAAACCUGCUUUUAUGGGGAAGAGUGCCAGUUCCUCCACGAGGAUCCUUCCAUGUCAGGCUUGCCGCUGCACGGCGGCGGCGGCAGCCCCGUGCCGAUGUCGAUGGCCGGAGGUGGCGGGACUCCCGCGGUGUUUUCUCUCGGCGGCUCCGCGGCGGCCUGCCCGGGCGGCGGGGGGACCGGCGUGUCCAAGAAAAGUGAACCAUUGGGUCCUACGGGCGCAUCUCUGGAGGGGCAGCUGUUAUCAAUCCCAGGGAUGGAGGGUGCAACUCUGAGCGAUGCCAAUCUCACCAACUCUUACUUCAGCAGCAGCUUUAUUGGCGUCAAUGGGUUUGGAAGCCCAGCUGAGACUAAAUACUCAAUGAUGCAGCGAAUGACCACCAGCAGCAGCUCUCCAAGUCUCAACGACUGUGCCAAGAACUUCAGCCGCAGCACACAUGAUCCAGUGAACUCCCCGACAUCCUCACUUUUCAGUGAUUUUGGUGCUCUUAGUAUCUCCCAAAGGAGAAAGACUCCUAACCCGGCAGCAAGUGAGUUCAUCCCUAAGGGAGCUCCACGUAUGGCCACGAUGGUUCAGUCCACUGUCCAGGCCUUCCCCUCGCCUCUCUUCCCCCAUCCUGGCCUCCCCACCUCCACGGCUGCUGCCCUGGCUCCUGACUCUCUGUCUCCAAUUUUAGGUAUGUCUCUUUCUGCGGGAUCUUCUCCUCUCCACUCCCCGAAAAUUACACCGCACACCUCACCGGCUCCACGUCGGCGCAGUCACACCCCAAACCCGGCCAACUACAUGGUGCCCACAAGUGCAGCUGACCAGGGACCUCACAUGAUCCAGAAAGAAACCGUAGGGGGGACCACCUACUUCUACACAGACAACACCCCAGCACCGAUGGCCGGGAUGGUGUUUCCUACGUACCAUAUCUAUCCCCCCACUGCACCCCAUGUGGCUUACAUGCAGCCAAAAGCCAACGCUCCGUCCUUCUUCAUGGCAGAUGAACUCCGACAGGAGUUGAUAAACAGACAUCUGAUAACCAUGGCCCAGAUUGACCACUCAGAGAACACAGACGUACCCUCGGAGGUGGACAGCUACCACAGCCUCUUCCCGCUUGAGGCCCUGCCUCCACCAAACCGCAUGCAGAAGACCAGCAACUUCAGCUACAUCACCUCCUGCUACAAGGCUGUCAACAGCAAGGAUGACCUUCCUUACUGCCUGAGGAGGAUACACGGUUUCCGCCUCGUAAACACCAAGUGUAUGAUGCUGGUGGACAUGUGGAAGAAAAUUCAGCACUCAAACUCUGUAACACUGAGGGAGGUCUUCACCACAAAGGCCUUUGGAGACCACUCGUUGGUCUUCUCCUAUGACUUUCAUGCGGGUGCAGAAACCAUGUUCGGCAGACACUUCAGUGAUCCUGCGGCAGAUUCGUACUUCACCAAGAGGAAGUGGGGUGAGUUGGUCUACCGUCGCAAUGAAGCCAGUAUCACCCCAGAUGCCCAUCUUCAGCCAUCUGCUUCCAACACUUGGGGACAACAUGAACCUCCCCCCCCACGGCAGCAUGCCGGUUUGCUCCCGGAGUCUCUUAUCUGGGCCUACAUCGUCCAGCUCAGCUCGGCCCUGCGCACCAUCCACACUGCCGGCCUGGCCUGCCGCGUCAUGGACCCCAGCAAGAUCCUCAUCACCGGCAAGACCAGGUUACGGGUGAACUGUGUCGGUGUGUUUGAUGUCUUGACCUUUGACAGCAGUCAAACCAAUCAUCUUGCCCUAAUGCCACAGUACCAGCAAGCAGACCUCGUGUCGCUGGGCAAGGUGGUGCUGGCGUUGGCGUGCAACUCAUUGGCUGGUAUUCAGAGGGAGAACCUGCAGAAGGCCAUGGAGCUGGUGUCCAUCAACUACUCCUCAGACCUGAAGAACCUCAUUCUGUAUCUGCUGACCGAACAAUCUCGCCUGCGCAGCGUCAACGACAUCAUGCCGAUGAUCGGAGCUCGAUUCUACACACAGCUGGAUGCAUCGCAGAUGAGGAACGAUGUCAUUGAGGAGGAUCUGGCCAAGGAGGUGCAAAACGGCCGUCUCUUCCGCCUGUUGGCCAAACUGGGCACCAUCAACGAGCGGCCAGAGUUCCAGAAAGACCCGUCGUGGUCGGAGACGGGCGACCGCUACCUGUUGAAGCUCUUCCGGGAUCACCUGUUCCACCAGGUGACGGAAGCCGGGACGCCCUGGAUCGACCUCAGCCACAUCGUCUCCUGCCUCAACAAACUGGACGCUGGCGUUCCCGAGAAGAUCAGCCUGGUGUCGCGGGACGAGAAGAGCGUCCUGGUCGUGACCUACUCGGACCUGAAGCGUUGCUUCGACAGUACCUUCCAGGAGCUGCAGGCCGCAGCCUCCGGCUCUCUGUAGCGCCCCCUUCGGGGACAUGGGAUGGGACCGCCUGUACCUGGAGCACACUAUUGCACUACAGCGGAGGACCAGUCUCACGGAGAUGACAUCAGCACGGCGAAGGCGGCGGGGCUUCGUGAACCUCAGUCACAUACACUGACUCUGUCCACCAGGAAGGCUUUUUCUAAAGUGUUUUUUUUUUUUUCCUAAAAAAAAAAAAAACUUCCCCCUCCUCCCCGGCCGCAGCUGAAAAUCGUAAAAUAAACGGGGUAGAAAAAAACAAGCAUAAAAAGACAAACGGAAACUGUGACAAACGAGUACGAUGACAUUUUUUUAGAUUUGGGAACAAACACGAAACAAACCAUGAGGUUUUGAACUAUUUUCUGGCUUUUAUUGUUUGUUUUGACAUUUGGGGAUUUGUUUUUCUGAGGAGGAUGCACUAAGAUUUUAAUUUUUUAUCAAUAAGUGCGAGUGACCUACAGGGUGCAGAAAGAGCUGAAGACACCGACGCAAACACCAGAGGAACAAACGAGCAAAAUCCAGCUUCCUAUGGACUGCGACUCUCUUCCGGCCGGAGACCCCCUUUCAUUGUUGACACUCUGGGAGACGGGACACACCACUCAAGUUUCCCAUUAGAGUGGGACGGCACAUGUUUCAUGAAGUGGGUUGCCCCCCCCCUCCCUCUCUUUUUCCCCUGAGAAAGAACAACCCACUUGGGAAGGUGGGAAGGGCUCCUAAACUGGAAAAAUCUAUUUUGAUUUGGGAGAUUGUGGAACAUCUCGCUUGUGGGUGAGCAAGCUACCAUGGAUUUAAGAUUUGGGGUGGGGGGGAGAGAUUGUACAUUUUCUUUGGCACUGAGGAAGCGGUGCCUUCUCCUGAUGCCGUUUACCAGGUGUUUUUUGUUGAUUUUGGAGCAACCACCUUUUUGGUCAAUGGACGCUUUCGUGACUUGAACUGGUCCUUCUGGUUUGGCUGUCCAGCGCUUGGCUGUGGCCCGAGGGUGGCGCUCCUGUUGAGGUGGAGCCACAGCUGCCUCUUUGUGGAAUGUCCUUAUUUUGUCAGCCACUUGUCCUCCUGCCCCAACGUCCCCUUUUCUGUCCCUCUUACUCUCCUCUUAUUUCUACUUUGACCCCAAUCUUCAAUUCCAAACGGGGGACAAAGGCCACUCUCCAUUUGAGACAAAGUGACACGUUUUUCUCCUUGUUCGGGUUUUGUGCAGGAACGAAUGGUGGGAACCAUGACGGCAACUUCGUUUUUGCCUCGAGUCAACCUUUUAUUAUUCUGUGGACCAAUUCCAGCAGGGUUUUUGGGGAAGGGAUGAAGGACACCGGCGAGAACGGGGCAACAACAGCUGUGUUUUAUUUGACUUUUAAAGAUCAUGAAAUACAAACGGCGGCUGAGCUGCACUCACUCGGAGGACUCGGAUUUCUCUCAGGACGGCUCAACAGCCGGAGGGGCCCCGUGAUUGAAUGUGUUUGGCUGUCAUUGGUCAGCCCCUGUCCAGGCGGAGAGCUGCAGUGGGGCGGAGGGGAUGUCUUCCGGUGGAGGUGGUGGGGAUCAGUCAGAGGGAUGAUAUGUCGCCCCUAAGUACGGUUCAUAUUCCGUCUUUGAAUCACCCGGGUUUUUUUCAUUUGGUGCAAACCUGCUCCACUCUGAUAAAGAGAUCAAUCCGAGCUCUAUAUAAUUACUGUCCUUGAUUUCUCUGCCUUAUUCUAGCUCUCAGUAGCGUCUGACGAGUGCGCGCAAGCGAAAGGCCGCAGACAAAAAGGGUCUUGCGGACGAAUUGUUGUUAAAGGCUUAAACAAGAACGUCUUGCCGUUUUACAUUCACCUUUCAAAGUUGCCAGGGAAGUGGAUGAUCUGUACUCGGGGCGAACAAACCCUGCAGAGAGCUGGCUGUGAUGGAUCAUGUACUACUUCCUCUGUUUUAGUGAAAUGAACAGAAAAAAAAACAUUUGGUGGUGAAUGUGGUGCUUUUUAGAAAACCCUUAAAACACGCACGCCCACCUAACGGUCCACACACUGUCAGUUCUCAUAACACCCCCCCCCCUCACAUUACAACACCUACAAUCACCAUGUUAGGACGUUUUAUGCCCCUCUUGUGUUCAUUGUUUCAAAUUUUGCAAUAUUUGUGUGUACAGCAGUAUUUUAAUAAAGAAUACCAAAAUUGA